AUGGCCGAGCGCGGGUGCCCGUUGGAGGCGGUGCCACUGCCCGCUGAGGUGCGGGAGAGCCUGGCCGAGCUGGAGCUGGAGCUGUCGGAAGGUGACAUCACUCAAAAAGGAUAUGAAAAGAAAAGGGCAAAGCUGCUUGCACGCUGCGUACCCCUCAUUCAAGGAGUAGACCCCUCCCUGCAAGUGGAGAAUCGCAUCCUCGGGCCCGCACAAGCCUCGGCCCCCGUGCCCAAGCAGCCCAAGCCACGGCCCAGCAACGCCCGGGAUGAGCGCUUCCGGUCAGAUGUUCACACCGAGGCCGUGCAGGCAGCUUUGGCCAAAUACAAAGAGAGGAAGAUGCCCAUGCCAUCCAAGAGGCGCUCUGUCCUCACGCACGCAUCUGUGGAGGCCUACACACCCCCAGACACGUCAUCUGCCUCAGAAGAUGAGGGCUCUUUACAGCGCCCCGGGCGACUGGCCUCCGCUCCGCUGCAGAGCCGCCCCAGCGUCGAGCCCUGGCCCGAGCCGGCCAUUCAGGGCUCGUCCACCUCCUCCUCCGCGUCCUCCACCUCAUCUCACCCGGGAGGGCAGCCUGCCGCCACGCCCAGUGCUGCCGCUGCACUUGCCAGCCCCGCGGCCCUCACCCACGUAGAUCUGCACUCUGCCCCUCCUGAUGUCACCACGGGCCUCGUGCAGCAUCAGCACGCAUACUGCGAGCGUCCGCAGAUGACCUCCGUGAGAGGAGUCCCUCGGGGCUGUCGCGGGAGUGUCCUAGAGACGGCAGGUGGUGUCCCCGUGAGCAGCAGGGUGUCCUCCAAGAUCCAGCAGCUCCUGAACACCCUGAAGAGGCCAAAGCGCCCUCCCCUGAAAGAGUUCUUCGUGGAUGACCUCGAGGAGCUGUUGGAGGUGCAGCAGCCGGAUCCGAACCAGCCGAAGCCCGAGGGCAGCCAAAUGGCGGUGCUGCGAGGGGAGCCGCUGGCCGAGGGCUCCUGGCCACCCUCGCUGCUGGCCGCCUUGCAGCAGUGGGGUACCACACAGCCCAAAGCUCCGUGCCUGACUGCCCUGGACACCGCCGGGAAGGCCGUCUACACCCUCACCUAUGGCAAACUUUGGAGUCGAAGUUUAAAACUAGCUUAUACGCUACUUAAUAAACUGACUAAUAAGAACGAACCACUGCUUAAACCUGGAGACAGAGUGGCGCUGGUGUUCCCGAACAGUGACCCAGUGAUGUUCAUGGUUGCGUUCUACGGGUGUCUCCUGGCCGAGCUGGUUCCUGUCCCCAUCGAAGUGCCACUCACGAGAAAGGAUGCUGGCAGCCAGCAGGUCGGGUUUCUGCUGGGCAGCUGUGGCAUCUCCCUGGCUCUGACCACAGACGCUUGUCAGAAAGGCCUGCCCAAGGCUCAGACCGGAGAGGUGGUGACCUUCAAAGGCUGGCCGCCCCUCACCUGGCUGGUGAUCGAUGGGAAGCACCUGACCAAGCCCCCCAAGGACUGGCACCCGGCAUUGCAGGAUGCGGGGCCCCGGACCGCCUACAUCGAGUACAAAACCAGCAAGGAGGGAAGUACGGUGGGAGUGGCGGUGUCGCAUGCGUCCCUGCUGGCGCAGUGCCAGUCUCUGACCCAGGCGUGCGGCUACUCGGAAGCUGAAACAUUAACAAAUGUGCUGGAUUUCAAAAGGGAUGCCGGCCUGUGGCAUGGAGUGUUAACAAGCAUCCUGAACAGGAUACAUGUGGUCAGCAUCCCGUAUGCGCUGAUGAAGGCGAACCCACUCUCCUGGAUUCAGAAAGUGUGUGUGUAUAAAGCCCAAGCUGCACUGGUAAAGUCCCGCGACAUGCAUUGGUCUCUCUUGGCUCAGCGAGGUCAGAGGGACGUCAGCCUCAGCUCCCUGCGCCUGCUGAUCGUGGCUGAUGGUGCAAACCCCUGGUCCAUAUCCUCCUGUGAUGCAUUCCUCAACGUCUUCCAGGCCAGAGGGCUGAGGCCAGAGGUCAUCUGUCCCUGUGCCAGCUCACCGGAGGCGCUCACCGUGGCCAUCCGCAGGCCGCCUGAUAUGGGGGGCCCUCCUCCAAGAAGAGCUGUGCUGUCCAUGAGUGGCCUCAGUCAUGGGGUGAUCAGAGUGGACGCUGAGGAGAAGCUGUCGGUCCUCACAGUUCAGGAUGUCGGCCAGGUGAUGCCUGGAGCUAACGUGUGUGUUGUGAAGAUGGAGGGUACCCCUCAUCUCUGCAAAACUGAUGAAGUUGGAGAGAUCUGUGUGGACUCCAGUGCGACGGCGACAGCAUACUAUGGGCUGCUUGGGAUCACCAAAAACGUCUUUGAGACUGUCCCUGUCACUGCUGGGGGCGCACCUGUCUCGGACCGACCUUUCACCAGGACGGGGCUUCUGGGCUUCAUCGGGCCUGAUGACCUGGUCUUCGUCGUGGGCAAGCUGGAUGGGCUGAUGGUGGUGGGAUUUCGCAGACACAAUGCGGAUGACGUGGUGGCCACUGCGCUGGCCGUGGAGCCCAUGAAGUUUGUCUACAGAGGCAGGAUCGCUGUGUUCUCCGUGACAGUGCUCCAUGACGACCGGAUCGUGCUGGUGGCGGAGCAGCGGCCUGACGCAUCCGAGGAGGACAGCUUCCAGUGGAUGAGCCGCGUGCUGCAGGCCAUCGACAGCAUCCACCAGGUGGGCGUGUACUGUCUGGCCCUGGUUCCUGCCAACACCUUGCCCAAGGCUCCUCUUGGUGGGAUUCACGUUUCUGAAACCAAGCAGCGCUUCCUGGAGGGAAUGCUGCACCCAUGUAAUGUGUUGAUGUGCCCUCACACAUGUGUUACCAACCUUCCCAAGCCUCGGCAGAAGCAGCCAGAGGUUGGACCUGCCUCCAUGAUCGUUGGGAACCUGGUCGCCGGGAAGAGAAUCGCUCAGGCCUCAGGGAGGGAGCUGUCUCACCUGGAGGACAGUGACCAGGCAAGGAAGUUCCUGUUCCUGCCCGAUGUGCUGCAGUGGCGGGCCCACACCACCCCCGAACACCCGCUGUUCCUGCUGCUCAAUGCCAAGGGCACAGUCACCAGCACGGCAACCUGCAUCCAGCUCCACAAAAAGGCCGAGCGAGUGGCCGCUGCUCUGACGGAGAAGGCGAGGCUCAGCGCCGGGGCCCAUGUGGCCCUGGUCUACCCUCCAGGGGUGGACCUCAUUGCUGCCUUCUACGGCUGCCUGUACUGCGGCUGCGUGCCCGUCACCGUGCGGCCCCCACACCCCCAGAAUCUCGCCACUACACUUCCUACUGUCAAAAUGAUUGUGGAGGUCAGCAAGUCUGCGUGCGUGCUCACCACGCAGGCCAUCAUGCGGCUGCUCAGGUCCAAAGAAGCAGCGGCCACCGUGGACGCCAGGACCUGGCCGACCAUUCUGGACACAGAUGACAUACCCAAGAAGAAGGUGGCCAGCAUCUUCAGGCCCCCGUCCCCGGAUGUGCUCGCGUACUUGGACUUCAGCGUGUCGACGACAGGGAUCCUGGCGGGUGUGAAGAUGUCGCAUGCGGCCACCAGUGCCCUGUGCCGCUCCAUCAAGCUGCAGUGUGAGCUGUACCCGUCCAGGCAGAUUGCCAUCUGCCUCGACCCCUACUGUGGCCUCGGCUUCGCCCUGUGGUGUCUCUGCAGCGUCUACUCGGGACACCAGUCGGUACUGGUGCCCCCGCCGGAGCUGGAGACCAACGUGUCCCUGUGGCUGUGGGCCGUCAGCCAGUACAAGGCGCGCGUCACCUUCUGCUCCUACUCCGUGAUGGAGAUGUGCGCCCGGGGCCUGGGCGCGCAGACGGCGGCGCUCAGAAUGAAGGGCGUGAACCUGUCGUGUGUGCGCACCUGCAUGGUGGUGGCUGAGGAGCGGCCCAGAAUCGCGCUCACACAGUCCUUCUCCAAGCUGUUCAGAGACCUGGGGCUGCCCGCGCGCGCUGUGAGCACCACAUUCGGCUGCAGGGUCAACGUGGCCAUCUGCCUCCAGGGCACAGCCGGCCCAGACCCCACAACUGUCUAUGUGGACAUGCGGGCGCUGCGCCAUGACAGGGUACGUCUGGUGGAACGGGGUUCUCCGCACAGUCUGCCAUUGACUGAGUCCGGAAAGAUUCUCCCGGGAGUGAAGGUCAUCAUUGCCCACACGGAGACCAGAGGGCCCCUGGGAGACUCGCACCUGGGGGAGAUCUGGGUGAGUAGCCCCCACAAUGCCACCGGGUACUACACAGUCUACGGGGAAGAGGGGCUCCAUGCCGACCACUUCAGUGCCCGGCUGAGUUUCGGAGACACCCAGACCGUUUGGGCGAGGACUGGCUUCCUGGGCUUCCUUCGAAGGACAGAGCUCACCGACGCCAGUGGAGAGCGACAUGACGCGCUGUACGUGGUGGGGUCCCUGGACGAGACGCUGGAGUUGAGGGGCAUGCGCUACCACCCCAUUGACAUCGAGACGUCCGUGAUCCGUGCGCACAGGAGCAUCGCUGAAUGUGCCGUGUUCACGUGGACCAACCUGCUGGUGGUGGUAGUGGAGCUGGAUGGGCUGGAGCAGGACGCGCUGGACCUGGUGGCCCUGGUGACGAACGUGGUGCUGGAGGAGCACCACCUGGUGGUGGGCGUGGUGGUCAUCGUGGAUCCGGGUGUCAUCCCCAUCAACUCCCGUGGGGAGAAGCAGCGCAUGCACCUGCGUGAUGGCUUCCUAGCCGACCAACUGGACCCCAUCUACGUGGCCUACAACAUGUGA